AUGUACGACGAGAAGAAUGUUAUCGAAAAGGCCGAUGGCGACCAGGCAUCUGUCCACGCGCCCAAGGUCGACGCAGAUCGCCUCAGCAUCCUCAACGAGAACCUCGAAGGUGAAAUUCGGAAUCCCUUGAAGGGAAUCCCCCGCGAAACCCUCUUCGAGAAUGUCACCCGCUUCCAGCAGGAGAAGGGCCUCCCCGAGGACAUUCUCCCUCUGCUCAAGAAGGGUGCACUUGUCGCGCAGGAACCCGCCGCCUUCCAAUCUCUCGAGGAUCUAGAUGAUGAUGAGAAGAGAGCCUUGAAGGAGGAGGUCACCCAUCGUUGGAAGCACCCGUGGCCUCUUUACUAUACUAUUUUCCUCAACUCCGUUGCUGCCGCCAUUCAGGGUUGGGAUCAGACUGGUUCCAAUGGUGCCAAUCUCAGCUUCCCCGUUGCCUUGGGCAUUCCCGACUCUGGUGAAAUUUGCAAUGGGAAUCAAAAGCUUUGCGACGACAACAGCUGGCUCAUCGGCUUUGUCAACGCCAUGCCCUACAUCACUAUUUGGAUCUUCGCCGGUUGGAUUUCGGACCCCCUCAACGAAUGGCUGGGCCGUCGAGGUGUGAUUUUCCUGGGCGCCAUCUUUUCCCUUAUCGCACCCUUUGGUAUGGCUGUCUCUCAGACCUGGGGGCAGCUCGCCGCCACUCGUAUGCUCCUCGGAAUCGGCAUGGGUCUCAAGGAAGUCACUGUCCCCGUCUUCUCUGCUGAGAACUCGCCGCCUUUGAUUCGUGGUGGCUUGGUCAUGUCGUGGCAGAUCUGGACCGCAUUCGGUAUUUUCCUCGGAACCUGCGCCAACCUCGCUGUUGGCAAGACCGGUGAUAUUGCCUGGCGUCUCCAGUUCGCCUCCGCCUUCAUCCCCGCCGUGCCGCUCGUCCUCGGAACCUGGUUCUGCCCCGAAUCCCCUCGUUGGUACCUCAAGAAGGGCAAGUACGACAAGGCCUGGAAGUCGCUCCUCCGUCUCCGAAACACCCCCCUCCAAGCUGCUCGUGACCUGUACUAUAUCCACGCCCUGCUCGAGCAGGAGGUCGUCAUGGUCAAAGAAGCCGGCUUCGAAGUUACGAACAACAUGUUCACGCGCUUCAUCGAGCUCUUCACCGUGCCGCGCAUUAGGCGCGCAACUUGGGCUUCGGGUAUCGUCAUGAUUGCCCAGCAGAUGUGCGGAAUCAAUAUUAUUGCCUUCUACAGCAGCACCAUCUUCAAAGAGAGCGGUAUUUCCGACUACACUGCCCUCUUUGCUAGUUUCGGCUUCGGUCUUAUCAACUUCCUCUUCGCCUGGCCCGCCGUGUGGACAAUUGACACCUUUGGUCGACGAGCUCUGUUGCUCUUCACUUUCCCCAACAUGUUCUGGACUCUACUUGCCGCUGGUCUGUGUUAUCUUAUCGAGCCCGGCGUGGAAGAUAGCAAGGCGCGUAUCGGUGCCGUUGCCACAUUUGUAUACCUCUUCGCCGCAUUCUACUCACCCGGCGAGGGUCCCGUCCCAUUCAUGUACUCUGCUGAAGUCUUCCCUCUAUCCCACCGUGAGAUCGGAAUGUCCUGGGCCGUCGCCACCAACAACUUCUGGGCUUCGAUCCUCUCUCUCACCUUCCCCCGCAUGCUAAUCGCCAUGACGGCAACGGGCGCAUUCUGUUUCUACGCAGGCCUAAACCUCGUGGCGCUCGCUCUCAUCUUCUUAUUCGUGCCCGAGACGAAGCAGAAGACCCUCGAGGAGCUCGACUACGUCUUUGCCGUCCCUGAUAGAAAGCACGCCAAGUAUCAGCUCAGUACCGUGCUUCCCUGGUGGUACAGGAAGUGGAUUCUGCAGAAGAAGGGAGAGAAGUGCCCCGAGCUCUACCAUGAGGAUAACAAGCCUCUCACCCAAAACCAGGCUUAG